UGUCGUCGCUAUGGUCGCGCAUCGCUCGCGCACCAGCCCACAGCAAGUCAGCGGAGAGACAGAGACGGAGCGAAAACGCGAAACGUGUUUAUAUAUAUUGCUCACAUACGCGCGCGCGCGCGCGCGAGAGAGAGAGAGAGAGAGAGAGAGAGAGAGAGAGAGAGAGAGAGAGAAAGACACACAUACACACACACAGAGCGAGUUCGUGCGCGCGGCCCGUGCUGAUUCUCGAAUCUCGAGUCUUGACUCUCGUCCCGCGCAAGCCGCUUAGCCGCUUAGCCGCGCGAUCUAGUCUGUAAGCUCCCGAUCGGAUAUCUCGACGAGGAAACGCGUGCGGGGAGUGUGGUGCAGCGCGCGUCAGCCGAAGCCGCGCCAGGACGGCGAGGACGAUGUCAGUGAGGCGCCAGUGCCAGCGACCGCUGCUGCUGCUAGCCGUCAGGCCCGAGAGCCUGCUCGCGCCGCGCGCAUAACCAAGUCGCGCGAGAGAGACGUGAGAGAGGCCCUCUCCUUCUUCUUCCGCACGCACCGACCGUCUCCCUACUCUCCGCGAGUCUCCAGCAGGCGCUACUCCCUACGGCGCACUGAGCGGACUGUCACGGCUAUCUCUCUUCUCUUUCUCUCUCCCCGGACCCCAGCUCCCUCCUGCUAUCGCUAUUUACUCCGGAGACCCGCUCUGCUGCCUAUCGUCGGGGCGCCGAGUCAUGGCGACGAACAUCGCGGCCCAGCGAAUCAAGCGAGAAUUCAAAGAGGUUAUAAAGAGCGAAGAGGUUGCACAAUGUUCAAUCAAGGUAGAACUUGUGAACGACAGUUGUGUCGAGCUAAAGGGCGAGAUUGCUGGACCUCCAGAUACUCCAUACGAAGGUGGCAAUUUCAUUCUUGAAAUAAAAAUUCCAGAAACAUAUCCAUUCAAUCCACCAAAAGUACGUUUUAUUACCAAAAUAUGGCAUCCCAACAUAUCUUCAGUAACCGGAGCAAUUUGUUUGGAUAUUUUAAAGGAUCAAUGGGCAGCAGCAAUGACUCUGCGAACUGUAUUAUUAUCACUGCAAGCUCUCUUAUCAGCAGCUGAACCAGAUGAUCCGCAAGAUGCAGUUGUAGCAAAACAAUACAAAGAGCAUCCUGAAAUGUUCCGCCAAACAGCUAAACACUGGACAUCUGUAUAUGCGGGUGGGCCAUCAAAAAUGCCAGAAUUGGACGAAAAAAUCCGGCGCUUGACUGACAUGGGCAUAGAGGAGCACAACGCACGAGUAGCGCUUUCCUCUUACAAUUGGGACUUGGAACGUGCCACAGAGCAGCUCUUCAGUUAGUGAUGACUGGAUAGCAAUAGCUCGAUUUAUAUAAUAUCAUAUACAUCACUCAUUUCGUAACUCGAAAUACUUGCACAAGCAACUGUCGCACUGAACGCAUGUAUCAUAGCGGAACCUCGAUCAAAAUGCAUUGUACGCUAUGACAAUAUUCCAAUAACAUAAGCUGGGCGAUUGAUUGCCACGACGGCCGAUAGUUGUUUAUUUAUUUUGUAAAAUAGGCAUGAAAAAAGAAAAGUGGGAGUGUGAAAUGAGUCUAAUAAAAAUUCCAAGUCGGUAUCGUACUUUAAGAGCAGUCGAUUUAAAAGAUAAGCGAGCAAAUCGUUAUCCAAUGUUCUUGCUCACUUUUGUAUAGAACACAAGUUCGCAGAAAAAUGCUCAUUAGGCAAUUUUUUUGUAAACUUGAAUUGUUUUCCUUUUAUAAUCUCCUACAGUGUAUCUUUGUAUAUGUGAUAUUGAUUUAGUCACCAGAUUUUCUGGUUGAUAUGUUUUGGAAGAAGUAUUUAUAAUAUGAAAAUUGCCGUUUUUUUUGGUUAAUAAUUUUUUCCUUUCUCAUAUUUUUUUUCUGUUGUAAACAAUGUAGAAUCUUCUGCAGUCAAAUGUAUCUGCUAUUGCUUUGUACAAAAAUAACGUAUCAGAAUUAUUACUAAAUUAUUGAUGAGUAACUGCAUAAUGGUGUUUUUUUUAAUUUUAGAAUGCAUUUUCUUACGAUUGUGAAUUCCGUAAACCACUGCUUUGUAUUGGAUUUUUAUUUACAUUUUGCGACGGUAUCCUUUAAUGUUGGAAAAUUUGUGCUUUCAUUCGAAAGAAUAGCUCUGUUUUUUAUUAUCUUGAACGAAUUGUAAGUGAUUCAAGUUUACUUAGAUCUGAACUGUACAUUAUUGUAGCAGAGGAUUUAUUUAGAAAUAUACAACAUCUGUAAAAAGAACUAUACGCUUUAACGUUACAUAGUUGAUGAUCGAAUUUUGUAAAAUUUUUGGUGUUGCGUUAUGUGUACGUCAAAGGGCGAAUCUCGUCUAUUCAUUAAUUAUGUAAACACAAACACAUCUCUCGGGCUCGAAAACAAAGGGAUAUACAAAAAGGACGUACGCCCCCGAAGAAAGUGAGUGGUUUACAUUCCAAGCUCAGGAACGACGUUGCAUUUAUCAAUUGUCAUCGAUAACGUAGUUUAAAUUGCGCUGAUCCGCAGUCUUCUGAAGCAUCACAGCGAAUAUGUACAAAGUACACACGUGUUUAACUAGACUAGAGAAGAUUUCACAGAAAGAUGCUUGAGUUAACAUAUUGUAAGUGAGUUUUGUUUGAAUCAAACUUAGAUUUAAAAUUUAUAAAGAUUCAUAAUAAAAUACAAUAUUUCUAGGCUGUGUUCAUUAACUUUUACACAUCAAUUUUAAAUAUAAAAUAAUAAAAUUUAUAUAUUUUAAAUCGUAAAGUAUAUUAUCUUUCACUAAAAAAAUUGAAAACGUUAUAUGAUGUAUAAUCACUUACAGGUAAUUAAAAAUCUUAAUGUGUAAUAUUUUCUAGAUCAGACAAUGUUUUUAUCCAUCAAAAUCACACAUGAAUCAUAAAACGUCGUGCUAUACUGCUUUCUUUACGACGGAAUCGGAAAUCUGUAAGCUUGAAAAGAAUUUAUUCGAUGUAAAUUAGUUACUCAAGAAUAAUAAAUCAAUUCUUUUCCAACAA